UCCUGCUUCUAGAGUUGGGAUUUUGGGAAGAACAGAGAGUUCCUGCUCCAGGGUUGGGAUUUUGGGAAGAACAGAGAAUUCCUGCUGGGUUUCCAGGCAGCUCCAGCCCUGCAGUCCCAGGUCCCCAUCCCGGGCAGCUCUGUGGGUUUGGGUCCCUUGCUGUCCCCUCGCUGUCCCCUCGCUGUCCCCUCCCAGGCCAGGACCCUCCGCUCCCUCCCCCAGCAGCCAAGGGGGAUCUGAUCCAGGGCAUCAAUUCCAUUUGUGGGAAUUUGAGGGGUUUUUCCAUGUUUGGUUCCCCUCCCCUGCUGUGCCUGAGGCAGGGACAGGCCCUGAGUGGGGCUGUGGGGAUGUCCCCAAGCUGUGGCAGGGCCUUGUCCCCCCCUGUCACCUCCAGGGUGUCUGAGGAGCCUCCCAGUGCGGAAUUCCUCGGUUUUCUGUGGGGUUUGCAGGGCAGGAAGGGCCGGAGCAGAGCUGGGGUGGCCGUGGGGGGAUUAAACUGAAUUUCCCAGGGCUGGCACUGAGCUGGGUGGCUCCAGCUGCCUCUGGGGGCUGUGACACCGAGGUGGUGGCGGUGGCAGCUCUGCUGUGAUGGCCAGCAAGGGACUGGGGGACCUGGGGGUGCCUGGCUGGGGCCUGUGGUUUUUGGGGCCAGUGGUUUUUGGGGCCAUGUGAAGCAGACUGUGAUGGUUUGAUGUGCCGGAGUCCAAUGGCUUUAAGAGAGAAGCGUUGGACACCCUGAUUGAGUUAAAAAAGGGAAUUUUUGGGAGGAAGAGCCCUUUCCAGGUCUGCCCCCGGCUCUGGGCAGGGUUUUUGGGAGCAGCGCUGGAUUUCCGUCCUCAUCCUGACCCCACAUUGAGUUAAAAAUGGAUUUUUUGGGAGGAAGAGACUGCUCCGGGUCUGCCCCCAGCUCCGGGCAGGGUUUUUAGGAACAACGCUGGAUUUCCAUCCUCAUCCCGACCCCAUGGAGCCGCAGUGGGCGCUCCGGAGCUGCGGGAGAGCCCUGAAAGGGUUAAGGGGUGCCGGAGCCGCAGGGAUCCCACCCCGAGCCGGGAUCCCGCGGCGCUGAUUGAGCUCCGGGCCCAUCAAAGGCUGCGCUGGGCCCCAGCCCCGGCGCUGCUGCGCGCUCUUUGUGCGCACGGCGGGGAUGUCCAUGAGGAUGUCCAUGAGGAUGUCCAUGAGGAUGUCCAUGAGGAUGUCGAUGUCCGUGCGGAUCUGGAUGUGGCUGUGGCUCCUCCGCAGCCCGGCCUGGGCCCUGCUCAGCCCCGCUCUGCCCUCGCAGCCGCUCUCCCAGGACCGUUCCCCGCUGCGCUCGCUGGGGCUCAGCGCCAGGCCCAGCCCCCGGAGCCCCGCGCCGGUGCCGCCGCUGCUCUGGAGCAUCUUCCACAGGCGGAGCGCCCGGCCCCGGCCGCAGGCAGCGCCCGAGCCCUGCACGGUGGAGGAGCUCAACGUGCCCGGGAACAUCGUGCGAGUGCUCGCCGACCAAGGCCGCCUCCUGCCCGCGGGGCAGCCCCAGCCCCGGCUGUGCCUGCGGCGGCUCCAGCUCUUCAACCUCUCGGCGCUGGAGGAGGGCGAGCGCCCGACGCUGGCGCAGCUGGAGCUGCGCUUCCAGCACAGCUCGUACCACGGCCCGAGCCCGGGGCGGGUGCUGGAGCUGCGGCUGUCGCGGGGGUCCCCGCGGGGUUCGCCGCAGCCCGGCCGGGCCCCGCUGCUGGAGCGCUCGCUGGUGCAGCUGCGCCGAUCGCUGCAGUUCGGGCUGGGCGCGGCGCUGCGGGGCCGGGCCGGGCCGGGCCGGGAUCACCUGGCGCUGGUGCUGGAGCUGUCGGUGAGCGGCGGCCCCGGCGGCCCGCGGAGCCCCUGCGGCAGCUCCGCCGCCUUCGCGGGCGCCUCGCUGCUGCUGGUGACGCUGGGCCCGCAGUGCCGCGCCGCCCGCGGCCGGAGGAGCGCCCCGGGCCCCGCCGUGUCCCCCAGCCCCCUGUGCAAGCCCCGCCGGCUCUACAUCAGCUUCAGCGACGUGGGCUGGGAGAACUGGAUCAUCGCCCCGCAGGGCUACCUGGCCAACUACUGCGGCGGGGAGUGCCCGUUCCCGCUGGCGGCCGAGCUCAACAGCACCAACCACGCCGUGCUGCAGACCAUGGUGCACUCGCUGGACCCGCGGGGCACGCCCCAGCCCUGCUGCGUGCCCGUGCGCCUCUCCCCCAUCUCCAUCCUCUACUACGACAACAGCGACAACGUGGUGCUGCGCCACUACGAGGACAUGGUGGUGGACGAGUGCGGCUGCAGGUAGCGGGGAGCGAGCGGGAACGAUGGACGAACGGGGGAAAUUCCUUUGUACUCCCGCUGGGAAAUCCUCGCUGCGCUCGGGGGCUGUGCCGGGGUCGGGCUGGCGCUAAGGGCGGUGCUGGAUUAGGAUUAGUUGGGAUGGGGGUGUGGGGUUAUGACCAAGCUCGGUGCUGGGUCCCUUCUCCUCAGGGGAUGCUGGCACCGGGCUGUGAAUCCCAAAUUUCCCCCUUUGGUUGUGCCAGGCACCCCCAGGGCUGCAGGUUUUUGGGGUUUUGGCUGUGAAUCCCAAAUUUCCCCCUUUGUUCGUGCCAGGCACCCCCAGGGCUGCAGGUUUUUGGGGUUUUGGUUGUGAAUCCCAAAUUUCCCCCUUUGUUCGUGCCAGGCACCCCCAGGGCUGCAGGUUUUUGGGGUUUUGGGCUGAACUCUGCAGAUUUCUCAGGGCAUAAAUGAUUUUUCUGGGUGAAUCGGGGUUGCCUGGGGUGUGGUCCGGCUGCAGGGACAGGGAUGGGGUGAGCAAAUCCCUUCCCAGGGGAGGCAGAGCCGGGCAGGAGCUUUCUCUGUGCUGUGGGAGCUGCUCUCAGAGCGUGGCUGGUGAUGGGCUGGUUUGGGAACAGGGCUUGUACUGGGUAGCCAAAUGCAGCGGAGGUUUUGCCUAAAAAUGAAGGUUUUCCCUAAAAAUAUGGAGACUUUACCUAAAAAAAUGAGAUUUUACCCAAGAAAUCCGCUGGGAUUUCAGUGGCUCUCUCCCCUCACAGCCUGCCUGGGUCAGUAUUAAUUUACCUCAUUAGCAAAUCCAUGAGCCCGGGCUGUCCCCAGUGUCCCCAGGUGGCAGCCGAGCCUCAGGCAAGGGCAGGGCACACAGCUCUGCACAUUUUUUGCUGUUCCGGGUUGUUUUUGGUGCAUUUGUUGGGUUUUGCGCCGCGUGGCAGCCCCAGCCCCUCUGUGGUGUCCCCGAGGGGCACCAGGGACCCCAAUUUGGGCCAUUCCCAUCCCUGAGCUUUGAAGUGGAAACCACCAGAGCGAGGAUUUUGGGAUUUUGGGGCAAUGGAAUCCCAGUUAGACUUGAAUUUUUUCUCUUUAUUUUGAACUGUGAAGCCGUAGUGCAGCUUUGGGGUUUUUCUUUUGCUGCUUUCUCCUUGAGCUCUGAUGGUUUUCCCACCUCCUCCCCCAGGGGAAGCACUGAGGGUUUAACCACUGGGGGGGCCUUGGGAUGGGUUUUUUGUUAUUUUGACACCCAAAAUGUGGAGCCUUGGGAUGGGUUUUUUUUUUGUUGUUUUCACACCCAAAAUGUGGAGCCUUGGGAUGGGGUUUUUUUUUGUUUUCACACCCAAAAUGUGGAGCCUUGGGAUGGGUUUUUUGUUAUUUUGACACCCAAAAUGUGGAGCCUUGAGAUGGGUUUUUUUUUGUUUUCACACCCAAAUGUGGAGCCUUGGGAUGGGCUUUUUUUGUUGUUGUUUUCACACCCAAACCGUGGAGCUGAAGAGCCAGCCUGGAGCAGCUUGAGCUGAAUUCCCAUUCCCAAUCCUGCUGUUUCCCACCCUGCCCCGCUCUGCUCCAUUUCAGUGUUUUAAGGGCUUAACUCCAGCCAGCAGGAGCCAUUCAAUUCUGAGUUUAGAUGGGCAGAAGAAGAAAACCUCGCAGUGUUGCCGGGUUUGUGCCACCCUGGGGGCAGCGAGAGCCCCUUGGAGCCCCCAGCCCCAGGCUGGCAGGGCAAAGCCAUUCCUGUGUUUGCUGCGGGGCAGGGGGAGCGCCCCCCACGCCCUGGGGCUGGAGGAGAUGGGGGCCCUUCCCAGUAUUCCCAGUAUUCCCAGUUCUCCCAGUCGAGUCGCUCACCCCCUCUGCUAUGCACACCCCCCCACUUUUGUACUAGUCUUGUGUUUAAAAGAAGUAAUAAACUUGAAGUUUAUACAAUCAGACUAAAGCUUUAAUGAACGUUGCAUGGUUUCCUCAUUGAAACUUAGGGGCCACCUUGAAUGCAAGAGCUGUUUAUUCUUUUUUUGUUUUUUUUUUGUUUUUUUAAUUGAUGACAAACAGGUUUUAAAACAAAACUGAGACAAAAAAAAUUAAUUAAUUAAAAAAAAAAAAAAGAAAA